AUGUCGAGAGAUAAUUUUAAUUUUAAAUUUAGUCAAUGUUUUGGUGAUAAAGCUGAUAUUGUUGUUACUGAGGCUGAUAUAAUAACCGCAUCAGAAUUUGAUCAUUCAGGAAAUUUUUUAGCCACGGGUGAUAAAGGUGGUAGAGUUGUAUUAUUCGAAAGAAGUAAUAGUAAACAUUGUGAAUAUAAAUUUUUAACGGAAUUUCAAAGUCAUGAUGCAGAAUUUGAUUAUUUGAAAUCUUUAGAAAUUGAAGAAAAAAUUAAUCAAAUUAAAUGGUUAAAACCUGUACAAAAAUCACAUUUUUUAUUAAGUACAAAUGAUAAAACAAUUAAAUUAUGGAAAAUUUAUGAAAAAAAUAUCAAAUUAGUUAGUGAAAAUAAUUUAUCAGAAGGUUUUGGUUUAAAACAAAAAAAUAUUAUUAUUGGUAAUGAUUCAAUGAAAUCAGUACUUAAAUUAAAUAAUUUAAAAUUACCAAUUUUAUCACAACAUGAUAAAAUUAUUGCAGCAACUCCAAAAAAAAUUUAUGCAAAUGCACAUACUUAUCAUAUUAAUUCGAUAUCACCAAAUUCUGAUCAAGAAACUUUUUUAAGUGCAGACGAUUUAAGAAUUAAUCUUUGGAAUUAUGAUUUACCUGAAGAAAGUUUUAAUAUAGUUGAUAUUAAACCUGCAAAUAUGGAAGAAUUAACGGAAGUCAUUACAAGUGCAGAAUUUCAUCCACAAGAAUGUAAUUUAUUUAUGUAUUCUUCAUCAAAGGGUACAAUAAAAUUAUGUGAUAUGAGAUUAAAUGCAUUAUGUGACGAUAAACCAAUAAUUUUUGAAGAAUAUACAAAUCCAAUUAAUCAUAAUUUUUUCACAGAAAUUACAUCAUCAAUCUCAGAUAUUAAAUUUAGUCCGAAUGGUAGAUAUAUUGCAUCAAGAGAUUAUUUAACUGUAAAAAUUUGGGAUAUUAAUAUGAAUAAUAAACCAUUAAAGACGAUUAAUAUUCAUGAACAAUUAAAAGAAAGAUUAAGUGAUACAUAUGAAAACGAUGCAAUUUUUGAUAAGUUUGAAGUUGAAUUUAGUGGUGAUAGUUCAAGUAUAAUGACAGGCUCAUACAAUAAUAAUUUUAUGAUAUAUCCAGAUGUUGUUAAAACUAAUGAAGAUGAAAAUCCUUGCAUAGUGAAAACAUUUGAUGAAAACAAUAAUAAUAAUAGCAAUAAUAUUGGAAGUGGAAGUAGUAGUAAUAAUAAUAAUAAUAAUAGAUCCAAAAAUAGUCAUAGUAAUAAUAAUAAACAGCAUAAACACAAGAAUAAUAAUAAUAACAAUAAUAAUAAUAGUAAUAGUAGUAAUAAUAAUAAUAUGUUUGAAGGAAAUAAUGAUAAUGAAAAUAAAAUUGAUGAAAUUGUGUUACAAGCAGAUAAAACAGCAUUUAGAAAUAAACAAUUUGGUUCAUUAUCGCAACGAACCGCUAGAAAUAAAGAAUGGGGUGAUGAUAUUGAUUUUAAGAAAAGUAUCUUACAUUUUUCAUGGCAUCCAAAAGAGAAUAGUAUUGCAAUUGCUGCAACUAAUAAUUUAUUCAUUUUCUCUGAAUUGUAA